CACCCCUCCAAUGGUGGCGUAUCCCGAGACGAAAGCGCUAAUUUAUGUACGUCACAAAUUGAUGCCAGGUACUGUACAUUACAUACAAUAACAAAUACAACAAAUACCAGAUUCACUAAUGUUUCAUUAUGCAAUUCAAACCGACCAGUUUCGAACCCACCGGCCGUUGUUUGAACGUCUGUCAAUUAAUCCCGGAGCACUUGAAUUUAAACAGCCAAGAUCCACCUCUCAGUCUCAAGACGAUUGCAGCCUUCUAGAAGCAUGGUUCUAGUGUAACCCGGGCCUACAUAUAUGUAUGCUGUAAUGUGUACUCCGUAUAUGCCGCGCCUCUGCUUUCUUUGCACGAGCAUUCUUGGUCCGAGUUCAUACAGUAUCCACUGCUCUGCUCUUUCCAUGUCCCCCGUUCGGCAGGUCAAGGUCAAAAUUCAAGGUCAUGGUCAAAGGCCGCCCAGGAUGAACAAGCGUCGAGUGCACCCCGAGCCAGCGGGUCUACAGACUACAAGUCGCCUUGUUCAAGACAACUCAUUGUCCACUGUCACGCUCUUGUCAAAUGGGCUUCAAACGCGACAAACAUCGAUUCACCGUCGCCACACUCACCGGACGUCAGAACACGACGCACUACAUUGCAGGUUACGGCAGCAGUAUUGUUUCUCAACCGACCAAGCAGCAAAUUUUCCCCAUCUCCACCUCAGCACGUUGUGUCUCCUCUCUCGUGCUUAUGCAUACUGCAGGUUCAAAAUCCUUUUUCUCAUUGGGCACCAUUCGCUACCUGAUGCCAUGGCUAUUUUUGAGUCUGCCUCGUCUGCCACUCACCUCGUUGCUUUUUCUUCCCAUAAGAGCUCCGAUACGCUCAAAACCAACCAGCCCAUCAAGCACCUAGCCUGCCGAGCGAAUCCUCAUUCGGUGUAUUUCAGGGUUCAAGUCGAACCCCAUUGACAACUCAUGUUUCUCAGCUGUUUGCAUCCCGUCCACCACAUCAUGAGCACUAGAAAGGAGUCAUACUGAGCUGCUGGCUUCCGUUUCAAGUAACCUAUCGCUCUCAAGCCAUGACUUCUCUACAAAGACGGGCCAUGUUAUUUACGCCAAAAAAUCUACCUUGAAAUAACCGGGGAAUCCUGGAGCGUUGAUGCCCAAGUCCGCCAUUGAAUAUGCGAGACAUUGCGACAUUCUCCGACCUAGGCUAGAC